UGGAGCGAGCGUUGUGGAGUAUCUGCCUUCUCUUUCUUACAGCCCUUUGUUUUAGUUUAAUUGUAGAACCGAUGGAAAAUUGGUUGCAACUGAUGCUGAACUGGGAUCCACAACAGAGGGGUGGAGGUUUAGAUCCUGAGAGCGGUCACCCAAACUGUUUCCUAAUAAUGGAUCGCAUCCUGAAUUUGAAGAUAGUACACAUCCUAAACAUGACCUCUGCCAAGAUUAUUUCGUUUCUUUUGCAUUCCGAGGAAAGCCUUCAUUCCCUUCAGAUUCGGAUUGAGGUUGAGACUGGAAUAAGCACUGGAAAUCAGGAGCUGCUGUUGGAAACAGGGAUUUGCCUGGACCCUCGAAAACCUGCUUCCCAGUGUGUUAUCGAUGGCGUAAGAGGCUGGGAUAGCUACAUGGUCUAUUUGUUUGAUAAAAGCAAAACUGUCUAUGAUGGACCUUUUGCUUCUCGGAGUCUGUCUGACUGUGUAAAUUACAUUGUACAGGAUAGCAAAAUCCAACUGCCAGUUCCUCAGCUGCGCAAGGUAUGGGCAGAAGCAGUUCACUAUGUCAUUGGGCUUAAAGAAGAUUAUAGCAGGCUUUUCCAGGGACAGAGAGCUGCCAUGCUCAGUCUUCUUCGGUAUAAUGCCAACCUGAUCAAAAUGAAAAACAAUAUGGUGUCAGCAUCUCAGCAACUGAAAGCGAAGUUGGAAUUUUUUCAUCAAAGCAUUCGCCUUGACCUGGAGAGAUACAGUGACCAGAUGGCUUAUGGCAUCUCUUCAGAAAAGAUGCUCAAAGCCUGGAAGGAAAUGGAAGAGAAGGCCUCUCAGUGUGCACAGGCUGAAGAUAUCGGCUAUCUGGAUGAGCAGAUCAUGGCUCUGCACACGGAGAUCGUGGAGCUUCAGAAGAGUCCCUACGCAAGGCGCCAAGGAGAGGUCAUGGAGAGCUUGGAACAGAAAGCCAUAGAUCUGUACAAGCAAUUAAAAACAAGACCUCCAGAUCAUGCCUACAGUGACAGCACAGAUGUGGUGAAGAUCAUUGUGCAGACAGUACAGAGCCAAGACCGAGUUCUCAAGGAGCUCUUCGGCCAUCUCAGCAAGCUCUUGGGCUGUAAGCAGAAGAUUAUUGAUUUGCUUCCAAAGAUUGAAGUGGCUCUCAAUAACAUUAAGGAAGCUGACAACUCAGUGAUGCAGAUGCAGGGCAAAAGACAAAGGGAGAUAUGGCAUUUGCUGAAAAUUGCUUGUACUCAGAGCUCUUCUCGGUCGCUGGUAAGCUCCAGCCUGGAAGGGACGGCCUCAACUCCAGCAGCCACGUGGCUCCCACAGAGCUCCUCAGGGAACGUACCUCACCCUCUGUCAUCUAUGGCAACUCCUGAAGAUGAGGAAAAUUUUGUCCAAGUGAUAGAAGAGAAUCUGAAUUACCUCGAACUCUUUAGCAGUAUUUUGCAGGAGGUGAGACAGGAGCAGAACAGCAGCAUGACGAGUUUUGACUGGAGCUGGCUGAAAUAG